GGACUCCGAGAGGACGACGUGGAGGACUGGCUGGACGUCUACGAGCGAGUGAGUCUUUAUAACAAGUGGGACGACCAGGCGAAACUGCGGAAUGCUAUUUUUUAUCUCUCCGAUGUGGCCAAGAUCUGGUUCACCAACCAUGAAGAUGAAAUCGUGACAUGGCUGCUAUUCAAAACCCAGCUAGCCGAAAUCUUCGGCAAACCCGCCAAUCGUAAAGCUGUAGCUGAACGAAAGUUGGCAGCACGAAUUCAAUCUUCUGGCGAGACGUAUACUUCCUACAUCGAGGAUGUCCUCGCACUUUGCCGCCGUUGCGACAAGGACAUGUCGGAGGCCGACCGAGUCCGCCAUGUAAUGAAAGGGAUCUCAGAAGAGGCAUUUAACGUCCUUCUUGUGCAAAAUCCCACGACUGUUAAGGACAUCACCACGCAUUGCCAAAGGCUGGAUGAGGCCCGCAACUCCCGUCUUCAGGUUCGAGCACUGCAUGACGGCUCAUCAAUUACCAUGCCUUCUUUAUCGACCGAUACCCUGAAGCAAAUGAUACAGAAAAUUGCACUUGUAUCGACCAAAGUACUGGACGGCACUGCCGCUCCACGUCGGAACACUAAACGAACACCUAAUUUGGAAGCUUCCUACUUUUACAUCAGUGUUGAGUGA